AUGUUGCCCUCAAAAUUUGGUAGUGUGCGGCAAAAGCAGCCUGCCGAACGCCGAACCAGUUUACGACUUGACCCGAGCAUUGUGGCUUUACGAUACGAAAAGACUGCACCAGCAGAACCUCCCAUUAUGAUUGUUUCACGAGACCCUUCUCACCUCUCAAGGCGCCCUUCAUCAUCUUCAGCUUCAUCUCACAGCUCCCGCCACCGUCCCAUUGUUAUUGUUCCUCCAGGCAUUGUUGCACCGCCUGCCGAGGAGCACCCAGCCCUUCGAGGCUCAAAUUCGGCCUCAUCUUCUUCUUCUUCGCCGUCGCCAAGAGCAUCUCCCGUUUCGGUAGAGGAGUGGAAGCGAGAUUCCGGAGUUGCUAGGAACAAGUCUACUUCCACCAUCCACGAGGAGGACGAGGACGACUACGAGGAAGUUGCCUGCAAAUCGAGGAUCCCUGCCGUGGAAUCGACCGUGUCGUCCUUGAUGUCAUCCAUCAUGUCGCAGCCCAGUACGACAGCUCAGCAAAUGGACGAUCCUUUUGUGGACGAGAAUAGCAUCUUUGAGCCCCUAACAUCGUCUUCGAGCGAGGCCUUGUGUCUCUUGUACAACGCUCAUUGCAUGACACCGCCUAGAGGGUCCCGCUCUGAUGAUGCUGCACCCACGUCGCCAUUCACAUCUACAACUACAUCUACGCCCGCAACACCUACUCGACCCAGCAGAGGAUCAAUUACACCCAUUUCUGCUGCUUUUGCUGAAUACCUCCCUGUUAGCAUGCCCUCAUCCCCCACAGGUCCUGCUCCUCAAUCUUUCUGUCGAUCAAUUCCAUCAUCACCUCGCUGCUCUACCUCUACCUCAUCUGCCCCCACAGUCUCCAAAGGUCCCAGCUCACCGUCGCGCUCCCGUUCAGGGUCGUCUCGAUUUGGUUCAUUUUCCCAGAUGUUCGCUGCGCCGAUCCAGAUUCAGCCCUUGUGGCGGGGCCCUACGAGCGCUGGUGAAAGCUCAAGCUCAAACCCAAACGCUGGUAUUAGUGCUCUUCCCAGCACUACAGCCAGCGCACAGUCCACUAUCUCUGCCCCUGGCGCUACUGCGAGCGCUACCGCCAGCGCCCCAGCCACUGAUGCCGCUUUGGCCAAGCCCUUGGCUGGGACUGAAUUAGAGCAAUCGCAUCCGUCAGGAAGUGGCCAGGGCUCCUCCCAUUUUUGGAACAGGUCCCGCUCUGCCUCCACAACCUCGAAUAAUGGCACUAGCAAUGCUACUUCAGCGGACACUUCAUCUAAUAACGAUCUCCCGCUCCCCUUUGCCUUUGCCCCCCUCGACGUCUCCAUCCCCUGCGAAAGUCUCCUUGACGAUGCCUUUAUGACUUCUGUUUCCUUUUCCAACCGUGGAAGCAUCAUGUUUGCGCCCCAGGAAGCGGUCGCUAUUGACAGCGCCAUCAAACAGCACCAGCACAACAUGGCUUCGAUUGAUUCGUCCUCAUCAACCUCUACCUAUUCUUCUACAAACGUCGACACCCUCGCGACAGCAAACAAUGACGAGUCCAACUCUGGCUGUGCCACACCAACUCCUACUCCCUCUACGGCCGCUCCUCAUGACCUCACACCAACUCCCACCACUCCUACGACCCCAAAGUUUCAAUCACAACCCCUUCCUCGACCCAGCGACGAGUCCAACGACAUGAACAACUCCUUUCAGGGGGCCGACGAUGGUUCGGGUUCCCCUCAGGACCCGACAUCAGCCCCCGACAUUCGUGUCUUGGCCGCCGACGUGGAGAAGGAAUCUCAAAAGGUGAGAUCGCUCUAUACUGUUGGCGAUGGUUCCCACGGUGAGCCUGGCAGGAGGCACUCGUAUCACGAGCGUCUUGAGGCAACUCCCGAGGUCCCGUCCGAGGAGAAUGAACUUGACCCUGUUCCAAGGCAUCUUUCUCCGGCUUGGCAAAUGCCCGCCUCUGGAAGUUCUUCUUCCCUCAGGUCUAGAGGCGGACUUGAGGACUGGGAUGACCUCGAAGGCGCCCACGUUGACCGAUAUGGAUUCAUCACCAUGCCACCGCAACCUGGCUCAAGAAUGGGCACGCCUUUCGAAACGAGGUCCGCGUCAGGGUCACCUAGGAAGCGUAGCAUAUUGCAGAAGCGAGACCCAUAUACCCUAUCAUCCACUCUCAGUGGUAGUGGUCGGAGGACUCCAACAAGAAAGGUUUCUGCUAGAUCGCUCAACACCCAGCAUUCCGAAUUAUCAGUAUCGACAUCGCUUCGUUCAUCUAGGUCAGUCAUAAGGCAGGCCAGCAAUCUACUACCACAUAACCGCGACCGGCGAUGGAUGGACGAGGCCGGCGAUAUGCUCAACUCUGCACCUAGCCUUCAGGAUAUUGUCGACGAGAUCCAAGCCGAGAGGUUAACAGAAGUUAUGAAGCGAAAAGAGUGGGAAAGGUCAGAAAAAUGGAGGAGGAUGGCCAAAGUAGUCCGCAAAGGCGGCGAGGGUGAGGGUGAGGGAAUGAACUUUGAGUUCGAUACCAGAAACCCGAAACUUGUCGAGAGGACCUGGAAGGGAAUCCCCGAUCGAUGGCGAGCAGCAGCGUGGUGGUCUUUUAUGGCUACCAGUGCUAGGGAGCAUGGAGGGAUGGCUUCUGAGGACAAGAUUGUGAUGGAAUUUCACCGGCUCCAACUACGGAGUUCACCAGACGAUGUACAGAUCGAUUUGGAUGUUCCCAGAACCAUCAGCCGCCAUAUUAUGUUUCGACGUCGUUAUCGAGGUGGUCAACGAUUAUUAUUUCGAGUCCUUCAUGCCAUUUCUAUCUAUUAUCCUGACACAGGAUACGUCCAAGGGAUGGCAUCGCUGGCAGCUACAUUGCUCUGCUACUUUGAUGAAGAGAAGAGCUUUGUGAUGCUAGUGCGCAUGUGGCAGUUGCGUGGAUUAGCACGACUGUACCGCCCGGGUUUUGAGGAACUCAUGACGGCCAUGACCGACUUUAGCACAAACUGGCUCAACAAGGAAGUAGCCAGUAAGCUGGACGAAUUAUGUAUCGACACUACUGCUUAUGGUACUCGUUGGUACCUGACUUUGUUUAACCUUUCUGUCCCCUUUGCGGCCCAGCUGAGAAUCUGGGACGUGUUUCUUUUGUUGGGCGAUGGCUCUAUUACUGCCAGACCUGACAGUCGAAGGUCCGAGAGUAAGCCUACCUCAUCAGGCGAGUACGAUGUUUUGCAUGCUACCAGUGCAGCAUUGGCUCAAGCCCUGCGGGAAGUCCUUCUGGGUGCCGAGUUCGAGAAUGCCAUGAAGGCAUUGACGUCGGCAAUUCCCAUAAAGGACGAGGACCUUUUAAUGAAGGUGGUCAAGGCGGAAUAUAAACAACACCACGGCAAGAAGAAGAUGUAG